AUGGGAGAGUUUCCGCCCCAAAAGACGCAAAAACUGCAGGAGACUUCAGUGUCUGUCAGACUUGAACUUCACUUAUCCGUUGGAGCUCUUACAAUGUUUCUUCUCAAGGCAUGGAGACAAACAGCUUUCGGGAUUUAUGGGUAUCUGAAUUUCACCAAGUCUGGUUUCAUAGAACAUUCAAAGCAAUUCAAGCCAGAGGAUACGCAAACUCGGAUAGAAGGGAAAAAUUGCGUUGUAACAGGAGCCAAUUCUGGCAUUGGUUUUGCGACUGCCGAGGGACUUGCAUCACGUGGGGCAAAUGUGUAUAUGGUAUGUCGAAAUAAAGAGAGGGGUGAAGCUGCGCAAUCUAAAAUUCAGUCUGACACAGGAAACCAAAAUGUUCAUUUGGAGGUCUGUGAUCUUUCUUCUGUUAGUGAUAUCAAGUCAUUUGCGUCGCAGUUUUCCUCAAAGAAUGUUCCAGUGCACAUUUUGGUGAAUAAUGCUGGUCUGCUUGAGCAUAAUAGAAUUACCACAUCAGAAGGGUUUGAGUUGAACUUUGCAGUUAAUGUAUUAGGCACCUAUGCAAUGACGGAAUUGAUGUUGCCAUUGCUGGAGAAAGCUGCACCUGAUGCACGGGUUAUUACUGUUUCUUCUGGUGGAAUGUACACCACACCCUUGACCAAGGAUUUACAGUUUAGCGAUGAAAACUUAAUGGGGGGCAGCAGUAUUCUCAGAACAAGAGAGUUCAGGUUUGAUGAUCUGUAA